GACAGGGAAAGAAGGCCAACCUAGGGAAUACUACACUUUGGAUUCUAUCUUGUUCCUGCUCAAUAAUGUGCACCUUUCACAUCCUGUUUAUGUCCGCCGUGCUGCAACUGAAAACAUUCCUGUGGUCAGAAGACCUGAUAGAAAGGACUUGCUUGCAUACCUGAAUGGGGAGACAUCAACCUCAUCAAGCAUAGACAGAAGUGCUCCACUUGAAAUUGGUCUUCAACGGUCCACUCAAGUUAAAAGAGCAGCAGAUGAAAUAUUAGCAGAAGCAAAGAAACCAAGAAUAGAGGAUGAAGAGUGUGUGCGCCUUGACAAGGAGCGGUUGGCAGCUCGAUUGGAAGGACAUAAAGAAGGUAUCGUGCAAACAGAGCAGAUCAGGUCCUUGUCUGAAGCCAUGUCAGUGGAAAAAAUUGCUGCUAUCAAAGCAAAAAUUAUGGCAAAGAAAAGAUCCACUAUCAAAACUGAUCUGGAUGAUGACAUAACUGCUCUUAAACAGAGAAGUUUUGUUGAUGCUGAAGUGGAUGUAACCCGAGAUAUUGUCAGCAGGGAGAGAGUAUGGAGGACAAGAACUACAAUCUUACAAAGCACAGGCAAG